AUGCAGUUCACUGCAAAAUUACUAGGUGGGAAGGAGGAUGCGGUAACAAUUGAUGAAUACGGUGCCUUUUCUCUUUUCUUUAUUUAUCUAUAUCUGGGAGAUUUUGCAUUCGAAAAGGCUAAGCUGUCUCCACAAGUGCUGGUUCGACACCUGAAGCAGAAAAUUGCCGAUGAAUUCCUUCUUCCUUGUGGUUCUUUUAAGGUUUUAAAUGGUGGGAAACCUUUAAUCAGUGAAGAUCUACAACUUCCUGCGGUGGGUUUGAAGGAUGGCGCUAAGCUGAUGGUCGUGCUCAAUACUGGUGAUAUGAUGAAUACUCCUGAAGACCACGAGAUGGAAGCAAGGCUUAAGACCAUAUUGGGAGAAUUUGCAACACCCCUGAAUAUGCUUCGUCUUCAACAAGUUGGUGUUUUUGCCUCUGCUCCUAUAAUGGAGCUUUCCUACGAGAUUUCCAUUCAGAGCAUACAGAACUAUGUCAACUUCAUGUCACUGGACGAUCUCGAGCGUUACGCAAAAAUUAAAGCCCGAUCUGGCUCGUUUGUGUACAAAUCGCUAGCUCUAAGAGCUGAUCGAGGACUAUCUGAAGAUGGAGUUAGAGUGGAAUCGCUUUGGCAAUUUCGUACCACCGAAGGUUAG